AUGUUAAUACCUUACCUUAGAGGAUUCAAACGAGCCGUAUUCGCAGUUUCCGACGAAAACCCAAACUUAAAUCCGAAGAUUAACCGACCCAGAAAAACCUUAGGAUUCAUUCAUCCUAAAGUGAUAUUAUGCGACCGAAUGGAGAUGCCACAUCACGAUAUUUGGUCAAUAAAUAAAUGA